AUGUGUGCCUCGCGGUGUAUCCAGGUGCUGGCACUAUGCCUGGCGCUGGCGCUGUCGCCGUCACCGGCGCUGUGUCGGGUGACGACCACGGUGCUGCCGGAACUGGUCAACCACCCGGGGCUGGAGGUGCUCGAUUUGGAGUUCUGCGGCACCGGCUCCGAGCAGCAGGUCAGCCGCGGCCCCCUGAACUGCGGCUUCCCAGUGGUGGGCGAUCACCCGUGGCUAGUGACGCUCGGCUUCCGAAACCCGAUGGGCGGUCGCGUGUUCGCCUGCUCAGGCGCGCUGAUCUCGGACCAGUUCGUGGUGACAUCGGCGCGGUGUGCGCUUGGCACAUCCCACUUUCCGCUCGAGGUCGUGCGCGCCGGCGACUACAGCCUGUCGACCAAAAACGACUGCCUCUGGUACGCACCAGAGCAGUGCCUGGACCCGCCGCGGGUGGUGGACAUAAGUGAUGUGCUCGUGCACCCGAGGUUUACGGAGCGCGAGUUCCAGGACAGCGAAGCCCACCUCUACGACAUCGCGGUCGUGAAGCUGGCGGAGCCGUUGAUUAUUGAUUUCGGCGUGAUGCCCGUCUGCUUGCCGAUCUUCCCACAGCGCGGGCCGCCCGUGAAGCAGUAUGCAGUGUCAUCGAGCCUCGCCAUGGCCGAGCAGGUGACUUUCGACAGUCGCGCCGCCUGCUGCGAGUGCUCCCGCGACCGUAAUGCGACCUCGAACAUGAUGGACGAUCUGCGUCUGGUCGAUGACGGCACCGUCUACAACGGCACCGAGCCGUGUCAGUACCGGCUGCUGCACUUCUACCUGCUGGGCGUGGCCUCGCUCGUGCCGAGCCGGGCGGCGUGCGCCCGGAUGCGCGGCGCGUCCGUCGUCUACCUGCCCGUGCGUGCACACCUGCGCUGGCUGCUGGACUCCAUCGACUGCUUGGCUAGGGGCACAAGGGACUGCGUCGAGCCGACCACCGCUGAUCCGAGACGGGUGGGCGCGGCGCGUCAGAGCAGCCGUCAGGCGUAG